AUGUCCAACCCCGGGUCUUCAUUCUUGUCAUUUGGCGGGGCUACGGGCUUGCGGUCUAGCAGCCAAGCCGACUUUGUCCAGGGGCGCGCAUCUGAAGUGUUCAUCUUCGGGGGUAUGGACGGCGCAGGCGAGACCACCGAGUAUCUCGAACAGGAUCCCGGCACUGCUGAAACAGUUCGCCUUGCACGCAACGCGGAGAAGGAACGUAAGGACGGCCGCCCGGUACUACCAGUGAUCAUCUCAUACACUGUUAACUUCUCGUGUGGCGAUUCCCACAAUAAAUUAGAGAACAACCAAGCGCUCGCCCAUGGCUUUGGGAAUCUCAUCCUAUCGCUACAGGUUGCUGAAGAAGGCCGUGAUGCAGAAAACUCCACCCCAGCCACUUACGUGGUGAAUCCAGACUUCCUGUCUAUAUGCGAGGCGGAAAAUCUGGGACCGGAUUAUGUGUUACCUGUCCGCAUGCCGCUCCAGGAGGCCCUCGAUUUCCGCGGUGUGCCGGCUCAAAUCCCGGACAGCAUCACAGACGACUUGCGGGGCUAUGUGCUCGCUGUCAACUGGCUCGUGCGGACAGUAGCGCCUGCAGUUUCGUUCGGCUGGUCGGUCAGUCCCCAGGCUACUAAGGAUGCCAAAUCGGUCUAUGAUGCCGAUGCCAAGGCGUCUACGGAGGCGGCCUCCCAGGUGGUCAAUUACGUCAAGUCCUUUGGUGUUUUUGACUCCUACUCCCCCGAUUUUUUGGCCGUGGACCGCUACGAAGCAGACGACUUCACUGCUCGCAGCUAUGUGAAUAGUUAUUCCGACGGUCCCAGCGAGUCGGGCAAGUUCAGUGAUUUCGCCAACACCCUGGGCACUGACCUCUCUGUUCCGGUGAUGCUGUGGGAUAUCACAGGCAGCCGGAUACCGUCCAUCAAUGACAAUGUGGAGGGUCAAUCUGAUUCGCAGCAUUGGGGAACAGGUGGAAGCUACAUUUUAGGAGACAGUAACAUCGGCUCAAAGAUUCCGAAUCUCGAACCUCACUCCUUGUCAUUUUUGGAACGGGGGGUCUUUACUGUUCUUCUGGGUAAGGGCACUACUACAGGGAUUGAGCCGGGUGUCAGCCAACCUGAACCAUGGGUGAGUGAUAAGUAG